AGAAAAAAUAUCCAGCAUAAAUUAUUACUGAUUUCUGCCUUGGUCCCCUAAUUUUGAUAUAUACUUAUGCUCAUGCUUCUAGAAAUCAGUGAUUUCACAGCUAUGCUUACUACUGAAAAUGAAUGUCGGACUAUCAUCUCAUCUGUUUCUUUUUAUCAUACAAGACAGAAUGGAUGAAAUUUACAAGAUCUCUUCAACUGAGAGGGUCCAGCAAGUAGAAAAGGAAUUAGCUGUACAGUUGGUGGAACUGAAGACAGAAAUUGAAGGAAAUGGGGUCCUACAGGGAGCACCUCACUGCUCUGUUUCCCUUCCAAAAGACAUUGACUAUUUCAGAAAAGAAAGGGAGUUGGCACUGAAGAAAUGUUUACAGGUAGCAGAUGCAAAACCUCUUGUAAUUCAAGCUGAAGUCAUGCAGAGGGAGCUAGACAGCUGUCUAAAAAGAGAAUAUACAUGGGAAAGUUUACCUUUAUUACUGCAUCAGUUUUUUACAGACAGAAUUACACACUUGGUCCAAAGCAAGUAUUUACACAUGCUUAGAUGGAAAAGAUUCUGUCAGCACAGCCGUGUUAUUGAGCAGCUCUAUCCACUCUACCAGAAACAAGUGGCUCACAUUAUGCAGGAGUAUGAUGAUGCUGUUCAAAGAGCUGCAAGACUUUCAGUUGCACGGGAAAACUUCCUAACUGGAAAGGGGAAUCCUACAAAUUUAGUCACCUGGGAAGACCUGACUAUUUACACACAAUGGCUGAUAUGUCAUUGGCACUCGGUUAAGGCCAUCCACAACUAUCUCCGGGUACUCCAGUACUUGCCUGUCUCUCACAGGAUGGAGGUGACCAUCAACAGAUAUCCAUCCUGGAGUGAUGGAGAUAAACUAAAAGCUGUCACUAAAAUGGAUUUGUCUUCCAAUAUUCAGUUUUCAAUCUGCCCUAGCAUAUCAGCAACAAAUGGAUACUUAUCAAGGGAUACCCCCUCUGCCCUUCCUCAACACACUGUAAAUAUUGAAGAACUGAAGCCUCAGCUCAAACUUUUGCUUAUUCACUUUGGUAUCAGAUAUGAUGUGGAAGACCUUAGGCAUUCUGCCAAUGAGAUGGAACUUUUUUCCAUGGUCAUGCAUACUUUUAGAAGCAUUUUCAAUGAACAACAAACAAUGAGAACAUUUCCUGUCUAUGAUGCUGCCAGUACACCUGUUGUGGGCCCCAAAAUAGCUUUGAAAAAGAAAGCCAACUGGACUCCUUUUAUAAAGAUUAAACCUCAACAAGAUCCAUGGCAACAAAAGCUGCUAAUGAAACUGCAACAGUGGAAAAAGAUAGAUGAACUUCUGCAGCUUCAGUCAGUGUUUUUACAGGCUUCCAAUCUCGAGUGGGUGAUGGAGGUCCUCCAAGAGCAAGCAGCAGCAGCAUUACAGCCAAGGCCGAUGACAUCAGCUUCCAUGACUUCUAAUCCACAGUCAUAUGAUCAAAUCUGGAAAAAUAUUUACCACAACUUAGAACUCUAUCAGGUAAGAGGAAGGGGAAGUGCAUGCUGAUACUGGAUUUUUCAUACAUUUUUGGAAUGAGUUUUCUUUACAUUCACUGAGAACCCUCCAUAUUAGUAUAAGUUUUAAUAAUGGUGUAACUGAGCUUCACUUGUAUGAAAUUCCUGUUUUAUCUUGUGAUGACUUUGGUUUUUGUUCCAUAAUUGUCUGAUAUUGUGCAAGAU